UCUCAGUUCGCUGGUGUCACACACGAGCCUACCAAAAACUCUCUUGGCCAACAGCCAACCUCUCUCUUUUCCUCUACCUCUCUUCCAUCGUUCAAGAGGCAGUUUUCUUCUUCCCCCAUCGGGCCGGGCGAGAGAGCAUCGACCGCGGGCAAGAGCUGGACUGGGAUCUCGCACCCUAAAGGAAAAAACAAGAACCCGGCAAAUAUUUUUCUUCUUCAACUUGUCCUGGCAGACCAGUGAAGCAAGGCUCGUUUGGUCGAUCGAUCGAUCCGUAUUGGGGUUGUCCAGUCUUGCUGACCGAUGAUGAACGUUCUCUCUAGCCACCCCCAGAACCUGCAGCUCCGAAUUCAUCACGACACAUCUUCUCCCCUCCGGAGUAGGAACGGUUCAGGCCAGCUCGCUGUCAACUCUGAUCCUGGCUCGAGGAUGAGGAGGCCUUCCUCAUUGCGUCGACGCGCCGUUACGGUCAGAGCGGUCAUUGAUGGCGGCGGAGGCGAAUCGAGCAGCGGCAAAGACGGCGACGAUGGUGACGAUGAAGAAGACAAGGAGGGGGAGGGGAUGUCAUCGUCGUCGUCGAGAAGGAACAGAGAGGACCUAGAGCGCCUGGUGGGCAGUGACGACGACGCGAGCUUCAGCGGCCUGGACCUCGCAACCCUCAUUCGGAAGCGGUACGGCCGCUCCUACGACGUCACCCUCAUCAGGAAGGAGUUCAUGGGUCGGAACCUGCUGGCGAUGAACGUGAUGUGGAAGUACCGGGAGCAGCGGUCGUUCCCGCUCACGGAGGAGGAGUACCUGCUGCGCCUCGACGACGUCGCCAACACACUCCGCUGCUGGGGUGCCGUCGCGCACGUCAGGAACACGCUCGAGAAGGUUAGAGAGCGGCCACGCAUCGGCAAGGCCGUCAGCAUCUUCAUCGACAUGGACACCACCGGCGGGGCACGCUCCGACGAGUGGAUCUACAAGUGACCCUGCUCGAUCAAGUACUCGAUUCAGACUUUCGCGAGGAUGCGAUGUCAUAACGCUAAUUCAUGUCAGCUACUAUUAUAGAUAGAUGAAGUAUGUCUUCUUCCCUCAACAAAAAGAAGAAGUGCACCACAGCAAUGCGUGUCUGUACUGCUGGCUUGUAAUUCAGGUGCAGCCUCGCACAGUGCCACUGGCAGGUAUAGUAUAAAUUGAAUAGAAAUUGAUGAGUAAAUGAAUGAUUAAUUGAUGGGAA